CCGUCACUGCGCGCGCGGCGGGGCCCGUCCCUCUCUUCGCGCGUCACUUCCGGCGGGAGCGCAGCUGAGCUGAGGUGGUUCGGAGGCAGCCCGGGUGCCUGGACGCGGGUGUGGACGGCAGGAGGCCAUGAAGGGGGACGCGGGCCCGCUCGUGCCCAUCCAUUGGAUCGGCUUCGGCUACGCGGCGCUGGUGGCGUCCGGGGGCAUCAUCGGCUACGCCAAAGCAGGCAGCGUCCCAUCCCUGGCGGCCGGGCUUCUCUUCGGCGGCUUGGCGGGCCUGGGGGCGUACCAGCUGGCCCAGGACCCCAGGAACAUCUGGGUCUCCCUCGUGGCAUCUGGAACCCUGGCUGGCAUCAUGGGAAUGAGGUUCUACAACUCGGGGAAGUUCAUGCCCGCCGGCCUGAUCGCGGGGGCCAGUUUGCUGAUGGUGGCCAAGCUGGGGGUCAGCGUGUUGAACGGGCCCCACCGGUCCUAGGCGUGUCCCAGUGCGGACACGUGAAGAGUGGCCCGGUGUCCGCGGUUUCACAUAUCAAGAGAAGUAAACGCAGUUUCCAUAAGAAGGGACAGAACUUGAACACGACACCGGCCUUCGAGGGGGAGCCCAUUCCUGUGACGGCCCUGAGUACUGGUGGUCCAUCCGCUGGCUCCGUGCGCCGGUACCGCCCUUACAGCCUGGCAAGAGCCGGGGCGGCAGAGUCCAGGUGUCUGUCUGGGCUCUGGGGCCACGCGCCGCCCCCCAGUGGGUGACGCAGAAGGAAUGUAUUCAGGAAUCACUGUCCCUUGGCUAAUUUUAGUUCACAAGCUACUUUGUAAUUGUUACAUGAAAUAUCACUGAAAAUAAAGUUUACUAUUAAAACGC